AAUUCAAGCAGUCAAACUUAUAAAAUGUAUAAACACGAAACAAAACAAUCAACAGUAAUUCCAUUGGUAAAUGUGCAUUCAAGUUAUUAAACAAAAUUCAAAUUUGUAUUUAUUUCAUUUGAAAGACAGCGCGCAUUGCAAGCAGACAAAAGCUGGUAGCUACCACAUCCUACCUUCGGCUCACAACAAUAACAUUUUAUCGUUAUCGCUGCGACAGGUUGCCACAUAGCGUUGCUAAAAAUUGACUAAAACAUCACUCACAGCUAACUUCACGUCGAGCCGAAUUCUGUUUUGUCAUCGUAAAGUACACUCCCGGAAUAACAAAAAUUUGUAUUUAAAAUGAAUCAACAAUCGCUAAAAGUGCGCCCUGUGGACGUGAAUGUGCUGAACGCAUCUGGCAAGGCGACGCUACCCACAGAGCCAAAUUGUUUAAGCCAAUUGGCGCACGUUCAUCGUCUCAGAGAUUCAGAACUGAAUUAUGCUGAUCACAAAUAUAAUAUAGAUAUGCAAAUGCUGCGUAAUCGUGAAGGACUUGGUGCCCCCUUAAAAAUGGGCAUGGAUCGGUUUGCUGCAAAGCAAGUUGGACGACUGCCUUUCCUGCAGUCCAGUAACUUAAUGGACGAUGUUUUGACAGGCCGCUGUGACGAAAUCUCGUUUCAAGACUUCUUAGGCUUACCCGAAAAUUAUGAGAAUCUGCGCCAGCCGCACGCCGUCGUAGAGAAGUCUUUGGGCAUAUAUCUUUAAAUAAAUAAAUCAAAAAAUCUUUACAUACCAA